CUUAUUCAUCCUCAUCAGCUCAAGCCUUCUUUAUCAAUUGCAAUCACAUUACACCCUUUCGAGUUCAUUUCUCUCUUUGAUUCUUACGUAGCAAAUAUGGGUGUCAUCACCUACUCUCAAGAAUUCAAAUCUGCCAUCGCCCCAUCGAGGAUGUUCAAGGCUUUGAUUGUUGACUCACACAUUGUCAUCCCCAAGAUUGUCCCUGAGGGCAUUAAGAGCGUUGAGUUCAUCGAGGGAGAUGGUGGAGCUGGCAGCAUCAAGAAAACUAACUUUGCCGACAGUUCCCCCAUCAAAUACACCAAGCACAAGAUUGAUGCUCUUGACGUGGAAAAUUGUUAUUGCAAAUACACUUUGAUCGAGAGCGGCAUCCAGUUCGACAAGAUCGACUUCGUUGUCUAUGAGGUGAAAUUCAUCGUAGCCGACGGCGGAUGUGUUUGCAAGAUGACGAGUGAAUACCAUGCUAAGGAAGGUUGUGAACUGAAGGAGGAUGACAUCAAGCAAGGCAAAGAGAAAGCCAUGGGAUUGGUCAAGACCGUUGAGGAGUACCUUUUGGCCAACCCCGAUGUUUGUGCUUAAAUGCUCUUUUUUUCAAUUUUCAAAAUCCUUCUGAGGGAUUGCAUUCACAAUUUGUAUUGUAUUUUCCUUUUUCUUCUUCUUGUGGAUCCACCAUGGAGUUGUUUAGUGUGGCAAAGGUGUUUUGGGCGUGAUUUCUAUCUUCUAAAGGAUUUGAUGGUCGGGUGUGUAAGGUCAAGUGGAAAGAAGACUUCAAAGAGGGCAAUGAGCAAUGCAAUAAAUUAGAUUGCCAUAUUUUUUUA